AUGUUCUGGAGAAAGUGGUUUAGCGCUGGUGACGAAAAGGAUUGUAAAACCAAUUUAAUUCUUCUCGGACCUCCUGGCUGCGGAAAAGGAACACAGGUUAACCCAUGAAUCAAUCUUUAUCGCUAUUAGGCUCCCAAGCUUGUAAAAAAAUAUGAAAUCUGCCACUUGUCCACGGGCGAUAUGCUACGAGCAAUCACAAGCUCAGGCUCUGAACUAGGAAACAAAGUCAAGAAAAUAAUAGACGCGGGCCAGCUCGUGUCUGACGAUAUAGUUUGCGAACUGAUUGACUUGAAUCUUGAUAAUCCGGAGUGUAAAAAAGGUUUCGUCCUCGAUGGUUUUCCGCGAACCACAUCGCAGGCUGAGAAAGUACAAAUGUUCCGUUUGAAAAAUAUUUUUUAGCUACAAGACCUCUUAAAAAAACGAAAGGAGUCUUUGAAUGGUGUCAUCGAGCUGACAGUGCCCGACGCAAUUCUCGAAAAACGUAUAUGUGGGCGUCUGUUUCAUCUGGCUAGUGGCCGUUCUUACCACGAAGUCUUCAAUCCUCCGAAAGUUCCAAUGACGGAUGACGUACGUUUGACCGAUUGCGAUCAUUUAUCUUUUCAUACGUAAUUUGUUUCACUUCGCGGCGAUUUUGGCUUGUGGCAUUUUUGUUUACACUUUUAAACUCCCCGUUUGCCGUAACUUGCUGAUUUCUCAUCCCAAAUAGAGCCUCCUAGUGGUAUUUUGCUGUCUUUUAGAUUACUGGCGAAAGACUUGUGCGUCGCACAGAUGAUACGAAGGAAGCUUUGGAAAAGAGGCUGGCAGCCUACCACAAAAUGACGGCUCCCCUUGUUAGUUUUUACCAGAAUCUGAAUCUUCAUAUACCAGUUGAUGGAACAAAGAAAAUGGAUGAAAUUUUCGUGGAUAUUGUCAAUUCGUUAAGCGCUAGGCGGCGAAAUUGA